GAGCUCAGUUCAUCUUUAAAACGGAGCGUGGGAGGGAGAACGGCGGAGAGCAGCAGCCGGGAGGCCAAAAUGUUGGGCAAACGAGAAGGUAUAGAGUGGAUGGCUUGAUGCGGCAAGAAAUUAAAGCGAUCCGUGGGAGUGGAUCUGAUGGCCUCGGUGGAGUUACUCUACAUAGAUAAUAGAGGGGGAAGACCUGAUCCCCCCGGGGUACUGGAUUGGUCUUCUAGCCCUCUUCAUGUUCACAGGCUAAACAGUUCAGUGGAAGAAGCUUCUCCCACUCAGAAGGUGCCUGCCUGUGAGGGACAGUGUAAUUCAGCACCAAGGACGGCUCCCGUCAGAGGACAACAUGGCCAGCACCGACAUCAGCCCACAGAGAAGGUCAGGGUGUGUUGUGACGAGGAGCUGGAGACCUCAUUCACAUACAUCGAUGAAAAUGUCAAUCUCCGGUUGGCCACCCCGGACACGAGUGAAAAAAACGCUCCACGCCACACGACUUCGCUCCACGACUCCUCGAGCGAAAUCCGUCCCGAGGGCCUUCAGGAGUUGUCGCUGAUGUCCGACAUCGACCUCAGCUCAGAGAGUUCGGGGAAAUCCGUGGAUUACGGAUUCAUUAGCGCAGUCACGUUCCUGAUCACCGGGAUCUCGCUGGUGAUCAUAUCGUACACGGUCCCUCGUGACGUCAGAGUGAACCCCGACAACGUCUCCGCACGUGAAAUGGAAAGACUUGAGAACGAGAGCGCCAGGAUAGGCGCGCACCUCGACAGGUGCGUUAUCGCCGGCCUUUGCCUUCUCACUUUAGGCGGAGUAGUGCUGUCCACUCUGCUAAUGAUUUCAAUGUGGAAAGGUGAGAUGUACAGAAGGAAAGCCUUCGCUUAUUCGAAGCACUCUGCAAAGCUCUACGGUUCGAUUAAUUUAAGAACAAGAUCGAGUCCUAGUCGCUCGUCGCCACCACAUAGUUUGGUCGAGGAGGAGAAUGGCGAUGCCAUUAGUUGACUGUUUUCUCCGUUUUCUAUAUUGGACUGACCUUUCCAGCAUGGCCAAAAGAGCUUGUUUUUCAACCUUGUAUCAGUGGCAACUGCUUACUGAUGCAGAAAAGCGUAAUAUCACAUAACAGAUUUCUCAGGCUUCCAAAAAGACACAGCAUGAUAUCAUUUGUAUUAAUCAUAAAGCAAGUUCCUUUUUGAAUAAAAACAGGUUGUGUUGCAGAAAUAAGGUUCCUGAUAGUAUUCAAACCCUUAAUUUACAAGCUGAAAAUAAGAGCUCUAAAAGAAGUCCUGUGCUGCUAAUACUGACAAUCCUACUGCCUCUUUCUUACUCUUUCAGAAUACUGAAAUGUUUCCACUUCAGCCAUUUCAUCAUGGUAUGUAAAGUGAUUGCGGGCCACCAUUUCUGGUUUAGAGCACUUUGGUGUAUUCAGAUCCUCAGAAAGCAUUGUUCAGUGUUGCGCUGAGAAAAUGCCAGCGUGUAUAAUUGGGAUAUUUUUGCCAUUCUUUUCUCAUAUUGUCCUUGUUAGUUCAUGUGUGGAAUGGGCCAUGCAGAAAUCCAAUACUUUUUCCCCACUAAGCGCUAAAAUAUUUUAUAAAUAUUUAAUGGAGGAAGCUGCCACACAAUGAUUUGCUAUCUUUUGGAAAUUUAAAUUCAUCUCUCUGAGAGAGCAAAGCAUUACUACUGUAUCUUCACUGACACUGUAUACACACGGUUAAACCUAUAGGCUCUCAGUAUGUAACAAGAUAUGGACACAAAUGGAAAAAAUGUCUGCACUCACAGGAUUUAUCAUAAGAUUUACAAUAUCAUAAGCAUAUCAUCUGUAUCAGUGCAUACUCUGAUGAUUAAUGACAAUUCAUAAAACUCAUAACUUGACUCACUUUCUGAUACAAAAAUAAAAUUAUAUUAUUCUUGA